AUGGCGACCUCUCUGUCCACCCAACACGCUGAGCUGUGGCAGUCGAGCGGAAUGCUUGAAGCGGCCAUCGGGAUAUUUCACCGCGUAUCGGAGAAAGUGGGCAUAGAAUGGGCUCCGAUGAACGUUCCAACAUCGCGCCGCCUACAGACUCUCGGGGCUACGGGCUGGAUAUGCCUGGUGCUUUUCGGGGAAGCGGCCAGCAUCGUGCUGUUCCUCAGCGUCCUUUACUCCUCUCUGUGGUGGCUCGCGCUCUUGUACGCGAUCUGGAUGCUGAGGGACAUCGACACGCCUAACAAAGGUGGCCGCAGGUUCGAAUGGGUGAGGAACUGGUCGUGGUGGCGACACUACCGGGACUACUUCCCGAUCAAGCUAAUCAAGACUGCCGAACUGGAUCCGUCAAAGAACUACCUGUUUGCGUGCUUCCCCCAUGGCGUGGUCUGCGCGGGGGCCUUUGGGGCGUUCGCUACCAACGCUCUCGGCUUCCAUAAGAAGUUCCCCGGGAUGGUGUGCCACAUGAUAACGCUGGGCGGGCACUUCCUCGUGCCCCUGUUCAGGGACCUGGCGCUCGCCCUGGGCUGCUGCUCCUCGUCGCAAGAGAGCCUCCUGCACUUGCUGGACAGGAGGAAACAGAGAGGAAACUGCGUCGCCCUGAUCGUCGGCGGUGCCGCUGAGGCGCUGGACUCGCAUCCGGGCGAGUACAAGGUCAUCCUUACCAGGCGCAAGGGGUUCGUGCGCGUCGCAAUGAAGUCCGGGGCACCUUUAGUGCCAGUGUUUUCCUUCGGUGAGACGGACGUGUUCCGCCCGCUGAACAAUCCACGCGACAGCCUCCUAAGGAGGUUCCAGGAGAAGGUGCGUCAGCUGACAGGCAUAUCGCCUAUGUUCCCCAUAGGCAGGGGCGUCUUCCAGUACUCGUACGGGGUCGUUCCCUUCCGCUCGCCCGUCACCACGGUUGUUGGUGUCCCAAUGGAGGUUGAAAGAAACCUCGACCCCACUGACGAGGAAGUGGACAUUGUGCAUGCGGAGUUCACAAAGCGACUGACAGAGUUGUUCGAGAACGAGAAGGCAAGGUAUUUGAAGGAUCACGAGAAAGUGCAUUUAGUAAUAACU